UCGGUUCUCGAUGGGCCUUUCUCCUUCAGAUUCAACCGCCCAUUUGAGUCCAACUGCUCAAGCAUUCAGCUCAACUUCCGUAGUUUGGACGGAGAGGCUGUACUGAGCAGCGGCAAGUGAAAAGAAUGGCGCAAUUCUGGAAACCGGGCGCCGAGAAGCCCCGUCUGCUCGACGACGGAGAGGGCGGCGUUCUGUUCUUUUCUUCUUCUUACUCUUCUUCAUCUGGAUUUGGGUUUUCGAGCAUUGAAAAGCAGCGGCAGAGGCUUCCUGUUUAUAAAUAUCGCUCCGCCAUUCUGUAUUUAGUGGAAACUCAUGCCACUACUAUCAUUGUUGGCGAGACGGGUAGCGGCAAAACCACUCAAAUUCCUCAGUACCUCAAAGAAGCAGGUUGGGCUGAUGGUGGUCGAGUAAUUGCCUGCACCCAACCAAGACGACUGGCUGUUCAGGCAGUUGCUUCUAGGGUGGCUGAAGAGAUGGGUGUUAAGCUUGGUGAAGAAGUUGGUUAUACAAUUCGAUUUGAAGAUCUUACAAACCCAGAUGUGACGAGGGUGAAAUUUCUGACAGAUGGUGUGUUACUCAGAGAGAUGAUGGACGAUCCACUUUUGACUAAGUAUAGUGUAAUAAUGGUGGAUGAAGCACAUGAAAGGUCUAUCUCGACUGACAUGUUACUUGGUCUCUUGAAAAAGAUCCAACGUCGGCGACCAGAUCUACGAUUGAUUAUCUCUUCUGCUACAAUUGAGGCUAAAACGAUGUCAACUUUCUUCCAAACCAGCAAAAGACGUCGAGGACUUGAAGGUGAGGCGCUUGAACCAAAGGUGGAACCUGCUAUCCUAUCAGUCGAGGGAAGAGGGUUUAAUGUACAAAUCUUUUACCUUGAGGAGCCUGUUUCAAACUAUGUCCAGUCUGCCGUUUCAACUGUAUUGUCAAUUCAUGAACAGGAACCUCCAGGUGAUAUACUUGUAUUUCUCACUGGCCAAGAUGAUAUUGAUACUGCUGUUCAAUUGCUUACAGAAAAUGACCGAAAUGAUAGAAAAAAGUCAGAAUUGAUCGUCUUGCCUCUGUACUCUGGGCUUUCACGUGCAGAGCAGGAGCUCAUCUUCUCACCGACACCCAGGGGGAAGAGGAAAGUAGUGAUUUCCACAAAUAUAGCAGAGACCUCAUUAACUCUAGAGGGCAUCGUCUAUGUUGUUGACAGUGGGUUCUCCAAGCAGCGGUUCUACAAUCCAAUAUCAGAUAUUGAAAACCUUAUUAUUACACCAAUAUCUAAGGCCUCAGCUAGACAAAGGACUGGUCGGGCUGGAAGAAUUCGGCCAGGGAAGUGUUACAGACUGUAUACAGAAGAGUAUUUCAUCAAUGAAAUGCCUGCUGAGGGUAUUCCUGAAAUGCAAAGAUCAAAUCUUGUUACCUGUGUCAUUCAGUUGAAAGCCUUGGGAAUUGAUAAUAUUCUAGGCUUUGAUUGGCCAUCACCUCCAUCUCCUGAAGUAAUGAUUCGGUCAUUAGAAGUUCUUUAUUCACUUGGAGUCUUGGAUGAUGAUGCAAAGCUUACUUCGCCAGUUGGGUUUCAAGUUGCUGAAAUUCCACUUGAGCCAAUGAUCUCAAAAAUGAUCUUAGCUUCUGGUGACCUUGGGUGCUCGGAGGAGAUCAUUACAAUUGCUGCUGUUCUGUCAAUCCAGUCUAUUUGGGCUUCUAGUAGGGGAGCACAGAAGGAACUUGAUGAAGCAAGGUUGCAAUUUGCUGCAGCUGAGGGCGAUCAUGUGACCUUUCUUAAUGUGUACAAAGGAUUUCUUCAGUCUAAUAAAUCUUCACAGUGGUGUCACAAGAAUUUUAUCAAUUACCAAGCUAUGUGUAUUCCCCGACUAUCCCCAACCCAAAAUAGAGGGAGCAAAAAAGUAAUGGAAGUUAGAGAACAACUGAGAAGAAUAGCACAGAGAUUAGGCAUCGUCUUGAAAUCAUGUGAAAGAGAUACUACGGUUAUACGCAAGGCAGUUACUGCUGGAUUUUUCGCCAAUGCGUGUCAAUUAGAGGCAUACAGUCACAAUGGGAUGUACAAGAGUAUCAGAGGUUCUCAAGAAGUUUAUAUUCAUCCCUCUUCAGUGUUAUUCAGAGUUAAUCCAAAGUGGGUGAUAUAUCAUUCGCUUGUGUCGACUGACCGACAAUAUAUGCGUAAUAUCAUCACCAUUGAUCCGGGAUGGUUAACCGAGGCUGCUCCCCAUUUUUACCAGUUCAGGCAGCUCACUCAUAUGCCUCACUGAUCCUGUAUUUAUCUUCUACACUUACUAAAAGAGGAUGGCAAUGUCAACAGCCACCAAUAUUUUGGCAGAUUUGAAGUCUUCUAAGAGUAGUCAUCAAAAAUUUUAAAACAAAUUUUGAUUAAAUUGCAAAUUGGUCCC